CAGAUGCGGUAAAGAGUGAUCGCGGGCUCGCGUUCAACCAGUUCCCGGCUUUCCCGCUCCCGGGAAAGCUUGACGGGAGCGCCGAGAAGCACCGCUUGGGCCAACUAUAAAAGGGGAUAUCCUGACUGCUUUCCCCUCCCCAAAGCGGCGACUGCUAGCGGCUUCACUGCUUGAACCGUGCGGCAGUUCUGGUCUGCGGGAGAGAUGGCGCUGAGGAGCGCGUGGCGUAGCAGAGGCAACUUGCUUCGCUCCGUUCUCUCUUCCUCUUCUUCCUCUCUCCAUUCUCACGCCACGAGCUUCGGAUUUAAGGAAGUGUCUGAGGAAGAGAAAGGUGAAUUGGUUGGCAAUGUAUUCACUAGCGUUGCAUCUAAUUAUGACCUUAUGAAUGACCUCAUGAGCGUUGGGCUGCAUAGAUUGUGGAAAGACAGGUUGGUUUCCAAAUUAAAUCCAUUUCCUGGGAUGAAACACCUUGAUGUGGCCGGUGGAACAGGUGAUGUUGCGUUUAGAGUACUGGAUGCUGCUAAUAACAUUGCCCGUAGAGCUGAACUGGAUGUUUCAGCAGAUGAGACUCUAGGGGAGACUGAGGUAUAUGUCUGUGAUAUCAACCCAGCAAUGUUGAAUGUUGGAAAAAAGCAUGCUGCAGAGAGAGGCCUUUCUGGAUCUCGAUCUCUUAUAUGGGUGGAAGGCAAUGCAGAAGCUUUGACUUUUCAAGAUGAUUCAAUGGAUGCGUAUACUAUUGCAUUUGGGAUCAGGAAUGUGACACACAUAGAGAAGGCCCUUUCAGAAGCAUAUAGGGUGUUGAGACGAGGGGGUAGAUUCCUUUGCCUUGAGCUUAGUCAUGUGAAGAUGCCUAUCUUUAAGCAGAUAUAUGAUACAUAUUCAUUCACAAUUAUUCCAAAAGUUGGAGAACUUGUUGCUGGUGAUCGGGAUUCAUAUCAAUAUUUAGUAGAAAGCAUCAGACGUUUCCCUACGCAGGAAAAAUUUGCAGAAAUGAUCGCAGAUGCAGGGUUUCAGAAUGUUGAGUAUGAAAAUCUAGUUGGUGGUGUUGUUGCGAUUCAUUCAGGCCUUAAAUUGUGAAAGAUUUUUCCUCCGCCUUGAGUGUUAGUGACUAUUCUAACUUGGUGCUCCCAUUUGAUCACGUGUGCAAUCAUGCACCAAUGGGUUUCGGAGCACAUGCUUUCUCCUGUCAUUAUUUGGGCCUUCUGGAUGAAGUAUCUUUCUGGGAAGAUAGAUGGCAAACUUCUAACCCAAUAGGUAUCUCUGUAUUUGUAAUUAUCUUUUCUUUCUUGUUUUUCUUAGUUGCAUAAUUCUUCUUCCUUGCAAAUAUAUUUUAAGCUGCUUAUCUUUAUUUUUUUCCUCAAUAAAUGAUGUAAGGAUCAGUUCUUUUCUGUUA